AUGGAUCCUAAAUCAGCAAGCAACCUUUCUUUCAUCCUCAAUAAGCCCCAUGAUGUCCAAUUCUCAGACAGGCCCGUUCCGUCCCUCCAAACACCCCACGAUGUCCUCGUCGCCGUGAACUACACCGGAAUUUGCGGCUCGGACGUUCACUACUGGGAGCACGGUGCUAUCGGCCACUUCGUUGUUAAAGAUCCCAUGGUUUUGGGCCACGAGUCGUCCGGUACCGUCAUCCAAGUCGGUUCCGAGGUGAAAACAUUAAAGCCUGGUGAUCGUAUUGCUCUAGAACCAGGCUACCCCUGCCGGCGAUGCCAACCUUGCCUGAGUGGCAAGUACAACCUCUGCCCCGAGAUGCGUUUCGCCGCGACGCCUCCCUACGAUGGCACACUGACGGGAUUCUGGGUGGCCCCUGCCGACUUCUGCUACAAGCUGCCCGACAACGUCUCCCUGCAAGAAGGCGCUUUGAUCGAGCCCCUCGCCGUAGCCGUUCACAUCGUCCGACAAGCAGUCGUAACCCCAGGACAAUCAGUUAUCGUCAUGGGAGCUGGUCCCGUUGGUCUUCUCUGUGCAGCAGUAGCCCGUGCCUUUGGGGCGUCCAAGGUAGUCUCCGUCGACAUUGUCGAGUCAAAGCUCGCCUUUGCCAAGUCCUUCUGCUCGACACACACGUAUAUUAGCCAACGUGUGUCCGCGGAGCAGAACGCAGCCAAUAUCCGGAAGGAGGCAGACCUUCCUGACGGUGCAGAUGUGGUGAUCGACGCAAGUGGCGCGGAGCCUAGUAUCCAGGCGAGCUUGCACGCGGUGCGCACGGGCGGCACAUACGUCCAGGGCGGCAUGGGCAAGUCGGACAUCACAUUCCCCAUCAUGGCCAUGUGCAUCAAGGAGGUCACCGCUAAGGGAAGCUUCCGGUAUGGCAGCGGUGACUACAAGCUUGCCGUCGAGCUCGUCGCCGGCGGCAAGGUCGACGUCAAGAGGCUCAUCAGCGCCGUUGUUGCGUUCAAUGAGGCUGAGGAAGCGUUCAAGAAGGUCAAGCAGGGUGAGGUCAUUAAGAUCUUGAUCGCGGGCCCGAACGAGAAGGGCGCCGCUGCUGUUGCUGCUAAGGCUUAG